UUAUCACUUGUCGCUGGCCAAAUCUAAGAAUAAUAAUACCCUUUCCUUUUUAUUGUUUUCUUUUUCUGCCGUUUCCAGUUGAGGAAGUUCGGCUUGGUUCUGGUUAGCAACGGUCAAGAAGAGCAGCAGCGGGAGCGGCAGGCGGCGCUUCGCAUUUCGCGGGAGGACCGAGGACGUGGUUAUUCUUGGCGGUCUCUGGGUGUGGUCGAGCUUCGCGGAAGGACGAGCGGCGGCGGAGAGCUUCAGUCUUUGGCGGGUAAGCAUUUGGUAAAUGGCAAGUGUUGUCGUGCCUCCUAAUUGUCCAAGAAAUGCCAUACUUCCAUCUCCCAUGUGUAUCAGUUCUGCAGUUGCAACAUUCAACAUUCCAGGAUGCUCUCCAGAAAAUGUUUGUGCUAACUGGAAACACUAUUCUUGGUGUUCUCUCUUCUGUGUAGCUCGACCUUCUUUGUCUAAUAACUCCAAGAAGAUGGUGUGGUUGAUUAGGAGCAGUCUUGAUGACAAUGCCCCGGAUCCUUCUCCUUCGAGUGGCAGUAAUGGGAGAACACGAUUAAUUAGGGCAAUUCUCAGUUUCCAAACCAGGUUAGAAGCAAGAAUUCAGGAAAUAAGGAAAGGUUUUCCACUAAAAUUGCUUUUCUUCUUGGCGGGAUUUUACUGCGCAACUGCAUUUGCUACUGUUAUUGGGCAAACAGGUGACUGGGACAUUCUAUCUGCUGCCUUGGCUGUGGUUGUUGUAGAGGGGAUUGGGGCACUCAUGUACAGAGCUUCUUUUCCUUUCUUAAACAAGAUUAAGAGCCUUAUAACAGUCUUUAACUAUUGGAAGACUGGGCUUUCCCUCGGUCUCUUCUUGGACUCAUUCAAGUACGAUAUGGACAGUGUUUUUGGAUUGAGUAACCCUUUCAACUAUGAAUUUGAUCUGUUUUCCAUUUUAAUGCAUCACUAGCUCCAUCAGAUGUUGUUGACUGAUGAGUUUUCUGUCCAAGCAUCAAGCAAAAUUGAUUGGUCAGCAGAGGUAAUCUGUACCCAAUUGGUGCAAUGGUUACCAAGAUCAAACUAGUUUGAAGCAGGAUAAGAUGCGAGGAGGUCAAAUUACAUGGGUGGAUGCAAGAGGGAAUAGCCAGCCCUUGCUUGGUAAAAGACUGAUCUUUUAAUGUUAUGAUUUUAUUUGAGAUGAGGCUCACAUGGUUAAGGCUGCUCUGCUCCAAUUGCCAUGCUUUUAUGUUGAUUGUUCUGUCAUUUCUUCAAAGUACAAGAACUUUUUUUGCAUUGAUGGGGCUUUGGAACAUCAGAAUCUAAACAUGGGUUGUGAACUGCUGGACUGGUCCUAAACUCAAUUGGUCAAAAUUGAGCGCUUUCCCCGGGUGUAGACUCCAUUUGAAUUAGUGCGAUAGAUUUUUGGUUAGUAGCAGACUCGUGAUAUCAGCUUCAAUUCUGUAUUCGUUUCGUGGCUUUGUUUUGUUCUUUGAUAUACUAUACUAUUAUAUUAUACGGUGUCGACAUUGUAUAGAGACGGCAGGACAUGGAAUUUUUCCUUGUUCUGCUUGAUAUAAAAUUCAAACCAAUAAAAAAAACUGUUAAACUCUUUAAAA